AUGCAAUCAAAAAAGCAGCAAAAGUAUAAACCUCCAAAUUUGGACGAGGAACAGAAAAAAAAUAAGCAUCAUGAUGAGGAUGACGACGAUGAUGAUGAAGAAGAUGAAGAAGAAAUUCAAUAGAAAAAGAAAAAGAAAAAGUCAAGCAAAAAGAAGAAAGAAGAAAAAAAAGAUGAAGAAGAGGAAGAUGAAGCUAUUCAUGAAGAUGAUAAAUACAAUAUUAAAAAUGCACUUCAUCCAACCGCAGUUUUAUUUACUAUUGCCUUUAAAGCAGGAGCAGCCUUUCUAUAUCUUUUUGGAGGUACUCUCUUAUAAGAUUAACUCAUAUUUAUUUCUGUUGUUCUUUUAAUGAGCUUUGAUUUUUGGACUGUUAAAAACAUCACUGGAAGAUUGCUUGUAGGAUUGAGAUGGUGGAGUGAUUAUGAUGAAGAAGGUAAUGAAAUAUGGAGAUUUGAAUCUCCUGAUUUGCGUAAAUUCAAAGCAAAUUUAGUUGAUAAAUCUUUCUUUUGGACAAGCCAGCUAGCAAUAACUAUAUUUUGGAUCUUUUUCUUAGUAAAGAAUAUAAUAUCCUUUGGUUUCUACUGGGGAGUUUUAGACUUUAUAGGUUUUACCCUUUCUUCAGUGAAUUUAUAUGGGUUCUACAAAUGUAGCGGAGAGCAUUAAGAUAAAGUAAAAAAGAUGAGAAACUAAUUUAUUGCCAAAGGUGUGGCUGGAAUGAUAAGUUGA